GGGCAGAACCAGGCACAGUCUUCCUUUUGCUGGGUCUUUUCACGUUUUGGCAAACUGGGUGGGUCUUUUGCACCCCCAGCCCGGGCAUAAGUGGUCAUUUGGCAGGCAUCCUUCAAAGGAGAAGGGGGCGGGGUAUCUCUGCUGAUAGAUGCACCAGCACAAAGCAGCACGUUUUCCCAUCAAAGCCCUGGAGAGGAGGGAGAAGCAGCGCUCAGCAUUUGGCUGAUAUUCAAGUGCACACCGAGCAGCGCUCCAGGCAGCCUUGGGUCAGAACAAGCCCAUUUGGAUUUGAAGCGAAUGCAGGGGCCAGAGCGGGUCACCAGCUGCCAGCGCGGGGGCGCGGCUGACCACACACGCUGAGACGCAGAGGCCCAGGAGCCGCGGUUUAGGCAAUGUGACCCUGGCGACCCCAAACGCCCCCGCCUCCCUCGCUUCUGCUCCACCUGCACGCGGAGCAGCCAACGGAGGCUAUGGCCAGCCCUGCGCCCUUAGUGGCCUCCAUCAGCCACCAAAUGGUGGCUUUGCAGACUCUGCAGCUGCUACAGCAGGAGUGGGGCUGGGGGGAUGGUCCAGGUGCCCCCGGGGGGCCGUGUGACCCGGACCACGUGCCCACAGCCCCAACCCGUCGCUCAGGCCCAGUGAGAGCCAGGCCGGGGCCGGGGCGUGAGGAGGGGGCAGGGGCUGCCAGGAUCCGAGGGGCCCGGGCACGGGCGAGCUCCCCCGAGGUUGAGGGGCUGCGAGGCGCUGAGGGGGGCGCGGAGCUGCUGCCCUUCCCUCGGGAUCGCGGGCCCUGCACCUUGGCCCGGAUGGCGAUGCGCAGCGCGCUGGCUCGCGUGGUGGACUCGACCUCCGAGCUGGUCAGCGUAGAACAGACGCUGCUGGGACCUCUCCAGCAAGAGCGGUCCUUCCCUAUCCACCUGAAGGACAGUGUUGAGUUUAGGAACAUCUGCAGCCAUUUGGCUCUACAAAUCGAAGGACAGCAGUUUGACAGAGACUUGAACGCUGCCCACCAGUGUUUGAAGACAAUAGUCAAGAAGCUGAUUCAGUCACUUGCUAAUCUGCCUUCAGAUACCCACGUGGUGGCCUGCGCUUCUUUGAGACAGAUCUUAAAGAAUCUCCCAGACACAUGAAUGUUAAAGACAUCAAGAUUAAAGUCACAGCGAGUGCUGCUAAAGAGAACUGGAUAUCUUAUUUUCUUAAUUCCAUCAGCAGACAAUGGAUGUCUAUAGCAUGUUAGUGAAAACUUUUGAAAGCUGUAGUUCACAUUUUUAUGUAUGUUGACCUCCUAUUAGCUGGCUUUUUGAUUGAAAUAUAUUUCCCUUUAUGGAGCUGAUUAGCUUAUAUGUGUAUAUGUACAUUUAUUAAUUCAUAUUAAUUACUAGUUUGGAUCAAUUAUAUCUUGAUCUAUAUUCAUAUUACUGUAUGCGAUAAGGUUUAACAUGUUUUUUUAAAUAAUAUUAAAGCUCCUAGGUUCCAAAAAUUAUGUUGAAUAAAUGGCACUUUGGAUAAUUUACAUGUUCUAGGCACUUCAUUUUAUGUUAUGAGAAUGAUCUUUAGUUGCAAGAGCACAUGUGUCAGCAAUUAUAAGUUCCAAUCCUGGCAUUAAUAACUUAACCACUGGGCAGGAAGAGUUGUUUCUAAACUUCGUGCUUUCAUAUCCUGAUUUGUAAAUUUAAAAUGAUAAUGAGCUAUGAAGUACCAAGGCUAUGUGAUAUGUAAAUACAAAGUACAGUAUUAUUAAAGUCUCAUGAGGAAACAUCUAACUCUUCUGACAGUUUCUAGAUAUUCUGAUUGCUGUAGGAAAUUCUUGUGAAAAAAAAAAAAGAGAGAGAGAGAUGGAUAUACUGCCAGGUUUCCCUGAACAUUUAGAUGAAUUUUUUUUCUGUACUUCUUUUUUUUUUUUAUAAUGAUCUGCACAUACCUAGGAAAAGCUAAAUUUCCUGUCAUUUCAUGGUGAUUGUAUUGAGAACCAAAAUAAAGUGAAAUGCUGCUUCUUCCCUAAAAGUUUAAUAGAAACAGCACUGGAUUUAGGAGAAAAAAAUUAUACAAUGUAUACAUAUAGCUUGCCUUCUAUAAGUAUUAGAAACUGGAUCUGUGUGGGAGGAGUACUUCUCCUAUCUUAAAAAAAAAAAAAAGCAUUAGUAGUAAUCAAAGACCCACCGCAUAUUGCAAUCUUAGUUGUUUCCACAUGUUUUCUUCCAGAAUCUGAGAAUGAAAGGUAAAUAUAUUGCUUCUCUUUCAAUGUAACUGACCAUAUCCACAGAAGAGACUAUAUAUAAGACUGAAUUGUCAAGGGAAGAUGAAAGUUUUUUGUUUUUUUUUUAAUGUGUGUGUUGCAGGGGUAGUUUUGGGGGAUAGGAAGGAAGACAUUUAUUUCUUGGGAAAAAUCUCUGGCACUUUUUUUUUUCCCCACUUCUAGGAAACAUUAUGUUCUUUAUUUUAUGACGACGUCUUUUUCCCCAGGAAAAUGAUCCCAUUGGUCUUCUUUAAAAUUCCAUCAUUAUGUAUUGACCUUCUACCGCAAUCAAUUAAUAGGUUUCUCAAUGAAUAGUAAGGAUUUUUUUUAAAUCUCACCCGAGAUAUAUUGAACAUUGUUGCUUUUCUGUCAGUGUUUGUGCUUUUUCUUCCCUUUGUACCAUGUUUCCUACUGAUGUUUAAAAUCCUACUCAUCCUUCAAGACUUGAUUUACCUGUCACUCCUGUGUGACCCCCUCCUGGCUCAUUCCAGUUGGAGAUGAACUCGUCCUCCUUUUAACUUGCACAGAUCACAUUUUGUGCUUUUGCCCUUGUGUCAAAGCACAUGCCAUCUUAACUGCAUGGCUAUUGUCAUAUCUGCCAUCAAGAUCUGUUUGCUAGGGCAGGAAUUCUUCUAGCCCUCUUAGGAUGUGGCACAACAUCUACAGUUCUAAAACUUCUUUGACUGUUCUAGAAGCUUCCUUUGUCCCUCCCCUGAAUUCUGCAUCUCCUCACCUCACUUUUAACGUCUGUGUAUCGUGUCCUGUGGUCCAGUUUGUAUAAUGAUUUUUUUAAUAUAUGCCACUACUCAUUUUCCUCUUUUUCCAAGGGCCCUGGGGCUUUCCAGUAGCCCUAUUUCAUUUCCUAGAUCUGUGAUAUUCAGUAUGCCGCAUGUGGCUAUUAAAGCACUUCAAAUGUGGCUUUUUCUGAAUUGAGGUGUAUAAAAGGCACACUGGCUUUUGAAAACUGUACUAAAAGAAGGCAAAGGAGCGAAACUAUCUCAAUAUUUUAAAAACGCUGAUUGUGUGUUAGAGUGAUCAUGUUUUAUAUAUGUCGGAUUAAAUAAAUUAUGUUAUUAAAAUUAA